AUGUGGCAUUUCAUGUUGAUUUUCCUCUAUGUGCUCUUCUUAGCUUCUCUGGUUCUCGUUGGAUGUGGGAAAUCAAAGGAUCCUGAAACGGCCGAAAAGGCACAACGGCCAGUCGUCUAUGCAAAAACCACACCACCAACAAGAGUGAUUCUCCCAGCUCCUUCAUCCGGAUCUGAAACCGAAAAGGAACUGGAAAAUGCAGAGAAAAAAGCUGAGGAAAAAUAUAGCAAGACGCCAUUAAAAGCACAGAAUGGAAAGGGCAAAAGUGUGAGCGGAGAAUCGUCGGAGAAGCUCGAGCCGAAGGUAAUCCCAAGGACACAAAAGGCGAAGUGGAUAGCAAACACGAAAGUUACCCGAAAGAAGAACGAUUAUCCAACCGUCGACGAUGUGCCUAGCGAUUGGGGAGAUGACCCAAUGACAGAACAAAAGAAACAA